CCCAAGCUCUGAGAUCUCCCAUCUGGCCACAAUGAUCUACAGGAGAGGAAGAAAGCUAACUAGGGACGAGAUCUAGAAUCAACCGAGAGGGAUGCUUAAAAAUCACCAGUUACUUUAAUGACCAUCCGCAGACCUACCCUGUGCAAAGGAAGGAGCUAGGCCAUUCGCCCUGGGCGUCAUGAUCCUCCUGCGAGCCUCUGAAGUGCGGCAGCUGCUUCACAAUAAGUUCGUGGUCAUCCUGGGGGACUCCGUGCAUAGGGCCGUGUACAAGGACCUGGUGCUUCUGCUACAGAAGGACUGCCUGCUCACUCCCAAGCAGCUCAAAGUAAAGGGGGAGCUGAACUUCGAACGAGAUGAGCUGCUGGAUGGAGGCCAGCGGGGCCCCAUGCACAAUGGCCUUGACUACCGUGAGGUCCGCGAGUUCCGCUCUGACCACCAUCUGGUGCGUUUUUACUUCCUCACCCGCGUGUACUCCGAGUACUUGCAGACCAUCUUGGAAGAGCUGCAGUCGGGCGAGCACGCCCCCGACCUGGUCAUCAUGAACUCCUGCCUCUGGGACGUCUCCAGAUAUGGUUCGGACUUCUGGUGGAGCUACCAGGAGAACCUGGAGAACCUGUUCCAGCGCCUGGGCCAGGUGCUGCCCGAAUCUUGCCUCCUGGUGUGGAACACAGCCAUGCCCGUGGGCGAGGUAGUCACUGGGCGUUUCCUUCCGCCCCAGCGGCAGCGGACUGACUCCCUGAAAAGCACAGUGGUCGAAGCCAACUUCUACAGUGCCACCGAGGCACGAAAACAUAACUUCGAUGUAUUGGACUUGCAUUUCUACUUCCGCCACGCGAGGGAGAACCUGCACUGGGACGGGGUGCACUGGAACGGGCGCGUACACCGCUGCCUCUCACAACUGCUGCUGGCCCACGUGGCCGAUGCCUGGGGUGUGGAGCUGCCCCAGCGCCGCCCGGUGAGCAAGUGGAUUAAGAAGAAAAAACCUGGCCAGACAGUGAAAGGGCCGCCCCAGACCAACAGAAAUCACCUGGCCUUCCCUAGGCCACCUUUGCCUUCCCCUAGACGCCCCUCCCUGCUUGGGUUACCACCCCAGUGCUUGCCCCUGCCCCCGCUGCUGCCCUCACACCCUCCUCCUUUAGCUCCUCCCCCUCCUCCCAUUCCUUUUUACCAGGGAAUGCCCCAGUUCCCACUGGGUCCCCCAGAUGUCUGUUUUUCCUCAGAUCAUACUUUCCAGUCGGAUCAAUUCUAUUGCGAUUCGGAUGUCCCCUCAUCAACCCAUACAGGUUUCCCCUUCGAAGACAAUUUUAUGGUUGGUCCCCAGCUACCUGUGCCCUGCUUCCCCACACCCUGUUAUCAGCAGCCUGCCCCUGUGGUCCAUAGGGGUUUUUCCAGGUAUCAUCCCCGUGGCCCCUAUGUGCCCUGGGGACAGCGACCUAGACCUUCAAAGAGAAGGACCCCAGCACCAGAGCCAAUCCCUCAAUAGACGUACCUAGGCCUUAUUUCCUCUUCAUGAACAUGGAUUGGACAGAUCUGACACUUCCUUUCCAUUGCCUGGCCUGAACAGACUGACCUUGUUAACUUAAGCCUUGCGCCCAUGCCUGGUCUUCUUUUUGUUCAUUGCUGUUACCAAGAAAGCCAGAGAAGAGCAGUCUUACUCAUUCCUGUUGGCUGCAGGCUCUUCCCCACUUGCAGGGGGUGACCCAGCAUUAUUCCUGCCUCCCCCCUCUAUUCUUUUUGCCUUUGUGUAAAAAUAGAAUUGAAAUAAAGAAGUUGUUGCACAAAAGUA